UCCAGCAGCUGUGGGCGGCUGAGGAGUGGCGCUCCAGCUUUUUCUGUGGCCCCAGGAUCAGUCCAGGGGCAUUUUCGGAGAGGCUUAUGGUUGGCUGUGAGGAAGAGAGGAAUAGUCCUCGUCCACGGAGAGGUGGAAGAAAGUCUGCCCGCCACUGUCAUGCACAGUGUUUUAAUGGACGCUCCGCCCUCAUCAGCAUCCCAGCUCAUCCCACACUCUGUAUAUUCUGUGGUCUGCUUCUCACAGAAGUGUUGUGAAGCUUAUCUCUUUGGCACUUUCCCUGCCUCAGCGCCUUUUUCACUCACUGAUCAUUCUCCCUGGACCCUCUUCCAAGGAUGGAUUUCCCCAGUUCCCUGCGCCCUUCAUUGUUUAUGGCUGGUCCUCUCGGCACUGAUGGCCCUGACCUGUCCUUCAUGUGCAGCUGGAGAGAUGUGCUGACUCUGCCAGGGUUCCAGCCACAGAACUGUAAGGACCGGACAUCGCCCUUGGCCAAGAACCUGCUGUGGGAACCAACGACACCAGGGCCCCUCCCCCUGCUGCCUCCUGGUCCUGAUCCCUGGGACCCUGGUGUGACCGCUCAGGACCUCCUUUUCCGGGGAGGACACUGCUACCGGUCUCAAGUUGUGCUGGAUGCCACUGAGCAGCUCAGCCGCUUCCUGUGGGACCACGGGGACAUCGCCUUUGCACCCCUGGGGAAGCUCAUGCUGGAGAACUUCAGACUGGAGGGGAGCCGGGGUUACUCGAAAAAGAUGACCAUAGUCAGCGUGAAGAGGCUGCUUCAGGACCUCGGUGGACACCAGCCCUGGGGGUGUCCCUGGGCUUCCCUCAGCCACCGGCUCCGUCGCUUCUCCAUCCUCGGGGGUCCUGUCCUGAGUAGGUCGGUGUCAUUGCUCAUGGGGAGGCUUCUGCACGAAGAGCUGGCUCUCCGGUGGGAACAGUUGCUGCUGGAUGAAGCCUUUACCGGGGGUGCUUUGGCCUGGUUGCCCGGAAAGACGGCACGGGCUGGACAGCUGGUCUUCCCUAGUGGCGGUGCCUUGGACAAGCUGUAUUUCCAGGACGUCAGUGUGAAAUCAGGUGGCAACCCCCGGGUCCUUGAAGACCCAGGACACAUCCAGCUUCGAGGGCCUGUACGGCAGGUAGUGUCCAGCACUGUCCAGGGUGAAAGUAAGAAGCCUUCCUCUCCCUCCUCCCUUCUUAUCCAAGUACCACCCCCAACACACACCGCGAGCCUGACCUGUCUGUCCUCCCCAGCGCUUCUGGCCGUCCGCUCUGACUACCACUGUGCCAUGUGGAAGAUUGAUAAGCGGAGGCCACCAGCACCCCUGCAGGUGCUGCAGGUGGAGAAGGGGGCCACUGGUAUCAGCCUCAGCCCUCACCUGUCAGGAGAGCUGGCCAUCUGCAGCCGUUCGGGAGCUGUGUGCCUGUGGACCCCACAAGAUGGGCUGCAGCUAGUGUACAAGGACCCUGAGACACUUGCCUUCCGGGAUCCAUCUCCCUGGCGCUGGGCAGACUUCACUGCCCACCCGCGGGUGCUGACUGUGGGGGACCGCACGGGUGUGAAAAUGAUUGAUGUCCAGGGCCCCCCAGGCUGUGGCUUGCUCCUCUUCCGGGCCGGGGCAGAGGCUGCCUGCCAGAAAGGAGAGCGGGUGCUGCUUGCCCAGUACCUCGGUCAGCCAGGCCCCACCUGCACUCCUCUGCAUCUCAUCUGCACCCAGUUCUCGAUCUACCUGAUGGAUGAGCGCCUCCCCCUGGUACCAAUGCUCAAGUGGGAUCAUGGCCUGCCCUCUGCACCCCUGCUUGCUCGCCUGCUACCCCCAGCUAGCCCUGGCUGCCCACGGCCCCUGCUACUGGGGGGUCAGGGUGGACAUCUUCAACUACUGCAGAUAGCAGGAGAGGGGGCCUCCAUGCCCCAGCUGGCCGGCCCUCCUCAGUCUCUGCCCUCCAUCAUGGACUCCCUCUCUGCCUUUCCCCUGCUGGAACCCAAGAGGCAGCAACAGCUGCAGGAGCGCCUAGAGGCACCAGUCAUAGGUCUGGCCGCUGCCCCACCCUGUGCCUCUGCCCCAGGGCUGUUGUUCUUCCAGCUCUCAGCAGCCGGGGAUGUCUACUACCAGCACCUACACCUCCAGCCAGCCUCCAGUCCUGGAGGAGAGCCACCUGACCACCCAGCACCAGCGUGCCAUACACCUAGGGCAGCAGCACCUCCUGUGGACCAGGGGACGACGCCCUCUUGGACCCCUCAGGCCAGGGCCCAUUGCAGCCGCUGGCUGGAGGCCCUGAUGGAGCUGGCCCCAGCUCGUCCAGUGUGGGCUGCGCCCACCUUCUCCCACCGCCGUUUUCUGGGCCACAUGGAGCUGCAGAAGAUCCAGGGGAGCCUGCCACAGAAGCUACGAGCAGCCAUGGCCAAAGGGAAGCUCCUGCGGCCUGGGGAUCUGGGUACACUCCCCAGGGCAGAGCCGCCUCCUGCACCUGAGUGCAGCCAGAAGGAUGAGCUCACUGAGCGCUUGGCAGAAGCCUGGGAAGGCCGGGCAGCUGCCUGGUGGAAAAGACAUCAAGGUCAGACCUCAGGGCCCCAGACACAGACCAAGAGACCCAAGCGCAGGACUCCGCUUUCUAGCACCUUCUCCUCAUUCACGAGCUACGUGGACUUCCCAGAUACCAGCAGUGCCCCUCAAAGCCAAGGCCUCUCUACCUCAAAGGCCUGGUCUCAGCCACCAGGGACUCUAUCCUCCCAGGAGUUAACACAGGAUGGUGAGAAGCGACAGACCCUCCGAAACCACACGGCCAAGCUGCCACUUCAGGACACUCCCAGACCUGUGGCUACACCGCCUUCCCAGGCCUCCAGCCUCCGGGCCAUGCCCCUCAGACAGCGAACACCAGUCCUCUCUGGCUCCCAUCCUCCCCGGAAGAAGCCACGAAUGGGCUUCUAAGUGUGAAAAGCUAUGCCUGAGAACCUAGCCUUCAUCCUAGAGACUUGCUUUGAGUUUAGCCACUCCAGAGCAGACCCUCUACCUCCCAAAGCACUGUCCUAUGGAGACUUGAGCAGUUUAGAGCCAGGCUAAAGCAAUGGGGAACAGUCUAUUUUGUGUAUUUGAUGGCAGGUUAUUUGAGAGAGCCAGCUGCAGAAGCUGCCUCAGGGUCACUGAUGUUGGUACCCUGUGGGUCCCAAGUUCCCCAACUCAUCCAGUGUGGGCUGCCCCCACCUUGUACUGCCAUUUUUUGGGCCACAGAGCAUGCCAUAGAAGCUCUGAGCAGUCAUGGGGUUUUGGGUAUAUUACCCAGGGCAAAGCCCUCACCCCCUCCACCUCAGUGCAUCAGGGUUGCUGGAAAAUAUAGCCACUGUGUCAGUGUUAGCCUCCUGUCCUCAAAGGAAAUGAAGUUGGGUCAGGGCCCUGUGUGCCCCCUGAGGUGGCACAGUGGGUCACCACCUGCUAUUGUGGGUAAUAUCAUGGGGACUAUUGUGUAAUAGUCCACAUAGGUUCUGUAGGAGUUGAUACUUUAACUCUGGCUCAGGGAUUAAAUAAACGUGUCCACUGGCCAUGAGCUGGAUGGUCAUGUGGGCAGAGAA